AUGAAGGUUCACCGCUCAACAACGGCGGCAACGCUGCUGUUUGCUUCUCACGCGAUUGCAAACAACAACCCAUUGACCCCGGAUAAGCUCGAGGCCGACAUCCGGACCGAAGAACUGCAAAACGUCCUGUGGAAUCUCAACCACAUCGCCUCCAACAACGGCGGCAACCGCGCGUUCGGCGAGCCCGGCUUCAAGGCCUCAGUCGACUUCAUCCUCGAGCGGGCGCAGACGCGUUUCGGCGACCACUUCGAUACCACCACGCUCGAGAUCAAGGUGACGGGUCCCGGGGGUGAGGAUGUGUUCGUCGUGAGCCCGCAGUAUAACCCGCCGACCCCGACGCCUGACGGGGUCACGGCUGCGUUGGUCGACACGCCGGUGGACGAUGAGCGCGGAUCGGCGUGCUUUGCCGAUCAGUGGGAGGGUAUUGAUGUGAAGGGGAAGUUGGCGCUGAUUAAGAGGGGUGUUUGUGCGGUGGCGGACAAGUCGACGCUGGCGAAGGAGCGGGGAGCGUUAGGCGUAAUCUUGUGGGACACAGACGGUGGAAACAACAUUGUGGUUCCGACACUAGGCGCGGACAGUAUCGGCCAUACAGUCCCCAUCGGUAUCAUUCCCCUGGAGGUCGGAGAAGCCUGGAAACAGCGUGUAAACGCAGGCGAGGAAGUUGUCGUGUCCCUGCUGGUGGACGCCAUCUCCGAAACCCGUGAGACCUGGAACAUCAUUGCCGAGACCAAACAAGGCGAUCCCAACAACAUUGUGAUGGUUGGUGCCCAUCUUGAUAGUGUGCAAGCGGGCCCGGGGGUCAACGACGACGGCAGUGGUACCGCAACGCUUCUCGAGAUUCUGACUGCCGUCCGGCAAUACGAUCACUUCCCGAACAAAAUCAGGUUUGCCUGGUGGGGAGCGGAAGAGAGCGGCCUUGUUGGCUCCCUUUACUACACGUCGCAUCUACCUGAGGAGGACAUCAACAAGAUCAAGUACUACUUCAACUACGAUAUGACGGGUUCCCCUUUCCCGGUCUUUAGUGUUGAGGGCAGUGACAAUGCUGGCAUUGGCACGCAGCUCCUGGGAGACUACCUUGUGGCUCAGGGGAAGAACAUCACCAACGAGGGCCUCGGUGGCGGCUCAGACCACGUUGGCUUCGUUGAGCUUGGUAUUCCGACGGCGGCCAUACAUACCGGCGCUGGUGCUCCGUACGACCCGUGUUACCAUCAAGCCUGCGACACGCUGGACAACAUCGACUGGGACGCCCUGACGGUGAACGCCAAAUCCGCCGCUCGCGCGCUUGCUACCCUGGCCUUGUCGUUGGAGGGUGUACCGCCGCGCUCUCAGACGAGCGAGAACCUCCGCACUCGCCGUGGUGUGGCCAAGAACUUCCGUCGGUGGUCGGCGUUGGCUGCGAAGGCAAGCCAGGGCCAUACUUGUGCGCACAAGGGGGAGAAGGUCCGUGUGUGA